AUGUCAUUUUUUGGAUUAGGUGGUGCAUCACAACCUCAAUUGACCUCUGAGCAAAAAGUCAAGGCUGCAGAGACAGAACUUGACCUGGUAACAGAUAUGUUCAAUAAGCUCGUUGAUAAUUGCCACAAGAAAUGUAUUAGUACAUCAUACACAGACGGUACUUUGACGACCGGCGAAUCCACAUGUUUGGAUAGAUGUGUGGCCAAGUACUUCGAAACAAACGUCAAGAUAGGUGAGAAUAUGCAGAAGAUGGGCCAAAAUUUCUCAAGUGCUGGUAAACUACCAUAA